AUGGAAAUGUACAACAACAGCACGCUGUCCUACUCGGGCUUCACCAAGGAAAAUAAUACGAACUUUUCAGAGGUGACGCUGAUUUAUCAGAUUAUAACUUCAUUGUUUAUAGGAACUAUGAUCCUUUGUUCUAUCAUUGGAAAUGCCUGUGUGAUCGCUGCUAUUGCACUGGAGCGUUCUCUUCAAAAUGUAGCCAACUAUCUAAUAGGGUCACUUGCUGUCACAGAUCUGAUGGUCUCGGUGUUGGUGCUGCCCAUGGGCUUGUACCAAGUUCUGAACAAGUGGACCCUGGGACAGGUAACCUGUGACAUUUUUAUCUCUUUAGAUGUGUUGUGUUGUACAUCUUCUAUCCUGCACCUGUGCGCUAUUGCUCUGGAUAGAUACUGGGCUAUUACAGAUCCAAUAGACUAUGUCAACAAGAGGACUCCCAGACGAGCUGCUAUUCUAAUAAGUUUGACAUGGCUGGUCGGAUUUUUAAUUUCAAUCCCACCCAUGCUAGGCUGGAGAACACCCGAAGACCGAGCCGAUCCCGAUGCUUGUAAAAUUAGUCAAGAUCCGGGCUACACCAUUUAUUCCACCUUCGGUGCCUUUUACAUCCCACUGAUUUUGAUGUUAGUUCUGUAUGGAAGAAUAUUCAAAGCUGCCAGGUUCCGCAUUCGCAAGACCGUGAAGAAAUCGGAGAAGCAAAAAGUAGCAGACACUUGCUUGACGGUCUCUCCAGGCCAGCACAGAAGGAAAAGCAACGGCGAAAACAGUAAGAGCUGGAAGAGCAGCGUGGAGCCCAAACCUGCCUGUAUCAACGGGGCUAUCCGGCGUGGAGAAGAAGGGUCAGCUUUGGAAGUCAUCGAAGUGCACCACAACCCAAAAGGUCACCUUCAUCUGCCCAGCAACACCAACAGCCAAUUGACAUUUUGCUUUGAGGACAGGAAUGAAAAGAACACUGAAGCCAAGAGAAAAGUGGCCCUUGCCCGCGAGAGGAAAACGGUGAAAACUUUGGGUAUCAUUAUGGGCACCUUCAUCUUCUGCUGGUUGCCAUUUUUCAUCGUUGCCCUUGUACUGCCGUUCUGUGGGCAGCACUGUUACAUGCCAAUCUGGCUCCACGCUGUCAUCAACUGGCAAGGCUAUUCCAAUUCACUCUUAAAUCCCAUCAUUUAUGCUUAUUUCAAUAAGGAUUUCCAAAGUGCUUUCAAGAAAAUUGUAAAAUGCAAGUUCUGCAGGCAAUAA